AUGUAUAAAUUUACUAGCCAGUUAUCCAAAGCAAACUUGGUUUUGGUCCAAAAGAAAUUUGGAGAUGGGUCAUGCGCAGCGCUCCUCUAUGUGCAGAACCCGCGGCGGUUCGCCUCCAACUCCGCUCCCCCAAAGAAGAAGUCCCACAAACUGCUGUGGGGCACCAUCGGGCUUACCGUCUUGACUGGUGCUGGUGUGGUUUAUGCUAAAUCAAGCCCAGAAGUCCGUAACUGGCUAGCAACAAACGCACCUCCAGCUGACGACUUCAUAGCAUUUGUGUACCAAGAGAACUCAUCCUACGGCCAGGUAGUCGGUCGACAGUUCAACAAAGCCACAGCUUUUGUUGGAGGGUUCAUCUUUGGGAAGGAUGGUGGUACUCCUGUUGAAAUUCCUCCAGCCAUUAAGAAAAGUGGGGAAAAGGAGGCUGAAAAGGCCUCUACAUCUAAACCAUAUGUUUUGCCACCCAAAAAGAUGGAGCCGUUAUACGUCGAGCCGCCGCCGCUGGUGGAACCACCAGCGAUCACCGCCCCAGCCACAAUAAUCAAGACGGAAGAAUGCGAGCCGGUCACGCGCCCCUCCACACGCAUCACUAAAGACAUGGUGGAGCUGGAACAAGACAUGCACGAGAACACUAAGCUAGCCAUAGACAAGUACAAGGAGGCUACGAAGCACGCUGAGGCUUAUAAUAAGGCUUUGUUUAAGACCCUCGAAUCUAAAGUGGACGACUCCGACAAGAAGACUCUGGCGUCCCUCUCGUCGGCCGGCGGUGCGAGGGAGAGCGCUGCGGCCGUGGCCAAGGAGGCCAGCGCUAAGGCCAAGACCGCUAUUGACACACUAGACCGGAUGAUCCAAGCGGGCGUCGAAGCGCCUCCGGAGACAGUGUUCCAGACGCAGCGCCACAUGAAGCAGUUCCGGGCGGACCUGGCUGCAGCCGAGGCGGGGUUCAAGCACCAGUUGGAGCAGGGGGAGGUGGCUGACAGGUUCUGUGCUAAGGUCCGACAAGCUAGAGAAGCAUACAAAUCGGAGCUGCAGAUGCUAUACCCUGGCCUGGACCUGGACGCAAGACACCUGGACCUGAAGGGAGAUACUGAUCUACUGCUCAUGUACACCCUCAGACAGAUCAACUUCCUGCAAAGCGAGCUAGCGGAAUUACAGACAAUCAGAGACCUGAAACUAAACAGGGCCCUGGCUACUCACGACGAAAAAGCGUUGAUCGAAGCGAAAGCCGAAGACAUGUACAAGAAAGAACUCAUGAACAAGUUCAAGGAACAACAAAUUACGCUACUCAAGACCCAGGCGGAGUUCAGCCGGCAGACGAAGGAGGCGCUCAAGAAGCAGUACGAGGUGCACCAAGAGGUCAUGCAGGACCGGAUCAAGAGGAAGGAGGCCGAGAUAAUGGCCCAGUUCCAGAAGCAAUUAUCAGAGAAGAUGCAAGAAGAGCGAGUGGCGUUCAAGAAGGAAUUAGCCGCCAUGGCCGGUAAACUGCAGGCCAUUGAGCAGACGUUGAAACAGCGCGCGGGCCACGAGGCCGAGGCGCGACGCUCCCAAUCCCUAUGGGCGGCCGCCGAAGCACUACUCGCCGCCACCAAGAGGAACACGGAGGAGGCUGACGUGGCUAAUGAGCUGGACGCGCUGAGGAAAGCUGGAAAAGACGAUGAGUUAGUGGUGACUAUCUUGAAAGGAAUCCCGCCUGACGCGGAGAAGAACGGAGUAAUCACUGAGAAGACAUUGAGGACCAAGUUUGAAGAGAUGGAGAGAACCGCCAAGAAAGUGGCAUUAGUCGGCAAGGACGGCGCGACGCUGCCCGUCUACUUCCUGUCGUGGCUGCAGUCCAAGCUGCUCUUCUCCAAGGCCGAUAUCCCCGCGGACGAGCUAGAGAACAAGCCGACCGACUUCACCGAGUUGGACACCUUCGACAUCAUGCAGAGGGCCAGAUACCACAUGGACCACAACAACGUCACAGACGCCCUGCGCUACGUGAACCUGCUGCAGGGCGGCGCCAGGGCGGCGGCGCGCUGCUGGGCGGACGCCGCGCGCCGACACCUGGCCGUGAGGCAGGCGGCCGAGGCCGUCAUGGCGCACGCCUCCGUGUCGGGACUGCUGUACUUGUAGAUUAUACUACAUAGGUGUCUAAAAUGUAGUGGGAGCCGUGUGACAGCUGUCAAAU